CAAUUAUUAUUAUUUUUUUAGUAGAAAACAAACAAAAAAAUUAUUAAAAUUAAUGAAAUGGAUGACCCGCUAAAACCCAAAGCCGUGCCAUUGGCAGCGGAAACAGUUCUCUGGUUUGAAUUCCUGCUAGAUCCGCACAAGAUAACACAACAUUUGCAGCGUCCCAAUCCCGAGCCCAGUGCUGUGGAUUUGAUUAUGCAGUUUAUUAGCAUGACGCCGGAUACGGUGAUGACGUCGGUGGUGACACCUGGCAGUGAUUUGCAAAGCUUGCCGGGAUCAGGAGUAGCAAACACACCAAGUGCCUCUGCGGCACUGCAAAUGCCUCGAUCUCCCGGCGAACCAGUGGGUCUGCAAUUAACACGCAAACAGUUGGCCCUCAAGAUUCUGGAACUGAAAGUAGCCACAUGGUUGAGAUGGGAUUUAGAUAUGCUGGAGAAGCAGCUUCCAGUGGUCAUGCAGCUUGGUCUGCUGCGUGAUUUAUGUACCAUUAGCUAUGGACGACCAGUGGCGAUACCCCUGGCCAGUGAUUUCAAUAUGCAAAUAUCGGCCAGUGGGAAUGAGCAUGCAGCACGUUUUGCUUUGACCAUUUAUCACAGAAUGCUCCUCCGAAUGCAGUUAAUCAAGGAGAAUGCUUUAAAGGCUCCGCGGCCGAUGAAUAUGUAUCAAUGUGUUGAUCAAUUUCUGGACAGUCCAACGCAACCUUCCAUAGAGUAUCUGGAGCAACUUUGCUCUACCUCCUCCAUUACUUGGGGGAAACCCUUCUAUGUAUUCCAUUAUGAUAGUUUUGUGACCCUACAAUGUGAUGACUUGGGCAGUGGUCAAAACUAUGAUCUAAUGCGAUUGAUCUCACCCCAGGAGUUGCGCGCUCAGCUACAAUUCGAAUUGGCUCACUAUUAUCUCUUUACCAAGCAAUAUAUUCUAGCCCGAGAGGCAGCUGCCUCUUGUCGGAGUAAUCUCCAAGCUAUACCCAAACAAACGGAAAUGUAUUUCUGUCAUAUACGCCCCGAAGAGCUGGAGGGAAUGCUCCAGGCAUGCGGCAUAAGUUCACAGAAACCCACACUCUUGGAGAGAUUUCAUCAGUCUAUGCUCAAUAAUUUCGCGGAUUUGCUGCCUAUUCUAAAAAUGGAUAAUCGAGAGCGAGAAAUUCCUUUGGUUAGUCGACGACAACUGGAAUUGGAUUUGGAUGCAGCCAUUUCGGCGGGUUCACUCAAGGAUUCUCCGCAAUUGCCCAUGCAGGUAGCCGCGCUCAAUGUGGUGCGAAAUAUCUACGAGUGGGGCGACAUUUUCGGUCAAAUGGAAUACUUUGAAAAGUUCAAAGAUUUGGAUUGUCUGCCGCCUCUUAUAGAGGCCAUCAAAACGACUCUACCACAUUGCCGGCAAGGUGGAAGGACGGCCCUCAAGCAUUUUCUCAUCGAUGGCAUACUCCUUUAUCAUCAGAGCAAUCAGGGCAGUAAUCAAGCGCGACAAUUACUUCAGUCUGUAAGCAAGUUGAAAAUCUUUACACCAGCUGAGCUGGAGGAUUUGGAAGAACAACUGCAGCAGUCCUCGUUGCCGGCGCUAAACAAUUCUCUAGCCAAUAUCAAUGAUUGGCUAUGUCACUCCAAAAUGAGCCGUGUGGAUGGAGCCGCCUUGGAGAGGCAAUUGAUUAGCUGUUCCAAUGCCAAUACAGUGCGCAUUCUCUUGGUCAAAUUGUGCGGCACAGAGCCGGGUAAACCUCUGUGGGCCAUUAAUCCAGCAUGGGAUGUGCCGCAACCGCUCAAAUCCCUGAUUAUGGCCAUGAAUGCUAGCUUUAUACAGGACUUUAGCUAUGUACUUCUCGGCAAGGCUCGGGAAUUGGCCAAUCAGGGCAAUCACAUUGAUGCCGUGUCCAUGUUGAGUGUCCUGAAAUCGGAAAUUCAACGUAAAGAGCAACCAGCUCCAGUCAAUAGUCAAUUGAUGGGCAAGCUGCUUAACUGGGAGAUUCUUCACAUUCAGAUUACUCAAUGCCUGGAGGAGUGGCAUCAGAAACCCUUAGAUCUGCAGUCCCUGAGUGGUAGAUGUAAGCAAUGUUUGGGUGCGUGUUCGGGAGAUUCGGUUAUACCACGCCUUGAGAUUCUCGAGAAUUGUGCAAUAAUGUUGCUAAAUUUGACGGAAUUCGCACCUCUUCUCUACCUGGACAAGCGAGCGGGCCAAUUGGAGCUGCCCGUUUCGUUUGCAGCGACAUUUAUCGAAAUGGAAAAGAUGAAGGGACCAAAGAAAGUGUGCCGGGAUGCCUGGGAACUGAUGUUGAGCAUGUUCUUAAAUGUACCCAAGAGGGCCAAUGGUGGUGGUGGAGGCGGUGGCGGGGGCAUUAGUUCCUUGCAAGCUUUCCUCCAGCGAGUUCGGCAUCAGAGUGUCUUUGGUCUGGCGAUUUCCAUGCUGGGCAAGAUGCAUAAUAUUCUAAAAGAUGAUCCCAAUCAUGACCUUAAUUGCGAAUACAUGCAGCUAUGGCCCACGAGUGUUAAUAAUCCCAUCAGCUAUAGUCUAAGGAGCAUCUGCGAGACACUGCAGUGGCUUUUAUCGGAGGCUCUGUCAUAUUACCCGCAGACAAUAUCGUGGCUUAAGAUGAAAGGAGAUUUGGAAUUGGCCAUUGGUAACAAUGAAUCCGCCAUGCGUUGCUAUGUCAAUGCUCUGGUUACGGGAACCGAUUAUUGCACCCUUCCUCUGCAGAGGAAUGUGGCCGAUGAUUAUGUUAUACGUAAAAUGAUACGCUGUGCCGCCAAUUUGGGUUGCCAUAUGCAGGCCACAGUGCUCUGUCAAUUUCUUGAGGAGAUUGACUAUGGUAUCGUCUUUAAGAAUCUAAGCGAGAAAUCCUCCAAUUUCACCGAUGCCAUGGAUGCGUAUUAUAGCUGCAUAUGGGAUACCACUCUAUUGGAAUUCAUUGUAAAUUUACACGCGAAACGUGGUGAACAUAGUCGCAAGCUGGAGGCCAUCUCGAUGAUGGGCACUUUGGAGUUAAAUGCGAAUAACAAUGAAGAGAUCAAACGGGAAAGCUCCAUGGUUAGGAAAUCUCGUUUCCUGCGAGCUCUAGCUAAACAGUAUUUGCUGUAGUUGGAGGAGGCGUAAUGUGUCCACCGGUCCAUUAUCCUCAUUCACCCUCAACGUCACCUUAAGAAACCUCCCCCUUUAAGAUCAAGACCAAUUUGAUAGUUUUAAGUUACAAAAAGUGUGUUUUUUAUGUUAGAAUUAGGAAUUAAACAAGAAAAAAUGUUUGUGUAAA